UUUUUAUUACCAUCUUUCCCAAAAAUUUCAACCCAAAAAAGAAGAAAAAUUUUCUAUUCAUGGCUGAUUCAACUUCCUCAUUUUCUUCAAUCAUUUCUCCUUCUUCCCAUUUGGUUUCCUGCAUUUUCUACUCUUGAAGAGAAAGCAAAACCCAUUUCAGACUUCUCCUUUCUCAUUUGAUUUCCUCAUCAUCACGGCAAGAUGUCCCAAAAUCUUGUGGGGCUCUUGUUUGUUUCUCUUUGGAUCCUCACCCGUUUCGUCCAUUCAUCCACUGAUAAAAAUGAUGUUUCAGCCCUCAAUGUGAUGUACACGAACUUAAAUUCUCCUUCCAAAUUGAAUGGCUGGAAAUCAAGCGGCGGGGAUCCUUGCGGUGAAGGCUGGGAUGGUAUCAAGUGCAGAGGCUCAUCUGUAAUAGAAAUAAAAUUAUCCGACCUUGAACUCAGUGGUUCAUUGGGUUACCAGCUAUCUAACUUGAAAUCUGUCACUACCUUUGACAUGAGCAGGAACAACCUCAACAAUAACAUACCAUACCAACUUCCUCCCAAUGUAGUUAAUUUAGAUCUUUCUGAAAAUGACUUCAGCGGUACUGUGCCUUUUUCAAUAUCCCAAUUACAUAGCUUGAAGUCCUUAAAUCUUGGUCAUAACCAGCUUAAUGGAGAAUUGAAUGACAUGUUUCAAAAGCUUUCAAAGCUCAAUAUGCUGGAUUUAUCCUUUAACCAACUGUCAGGAAAACUUCCUCAGAGUUUUGCAAAUCUCUCAAGCCUCAAAACAUUGCGUCUCCAGGAAAAUAAAUUCACUGGUCCAAUAAAUGUCCUAACUGACCUACCUCUUGACGUACUGAAUGUUGAAAACAAUAAGUUCACUGGCUGGAUACCAAAUGAGUUGCAGGAUAUUGAAGAUAUAUCAACUGGAGGAAAUGAUUGGUCAGCCGGGCCAGCUCCCCCUCCUCCCCCAGGAGUCCACCAUGAACGUAAAACCUCUGGGGAUAAAGAUAGUGGCGGAAACAAAUCUGCAGUUCGUGCAGCAGUUAUAGCAUUAAUUUGUCUUGGAGUGUUGCUGUUUCUUGCACUUCUUAUUGGUCUAUUUUCCAAAAAAAGGUCAACUCCAUCCUCUCAUUUUAUUGAUGAAGAGAAGGGCAGUCAGCGCGGCCGUGGGGCAUUCACCGCACUUUCAGCCAAUGAUUCAUCCAAUGAAUUACGUUUCGAUCUAUGUCGCAAAUCAGUGGAUUCCAAUGCUUCUAUUGAUGUAAAAACUAUGCAAAGAUCUCCAUCAAUGGGUCUUAAGCAUUCACACUCCAAUCACUUGAAAUCGAUUAAUGAUAAUGAGUUUGCAAACCGCCUCAAUGCCCAAAAGAGCACGUCUAUUCAUGCAACUGAAAUUUCUUUGUUAGAGUUGCAGACCGGGACUGCUAAUUUUGCAACAGGCCGCCUUCUUGGUGAGGGAUCCAUUGGACGUGUCUAUAAGGCUAAAUAUCCAGAUGGGAGGGUUCUGGCUGUUAAGAAAAUUGAUUCCUCAUUCUUCGAAGGGCGGAAUGCAGAAACUUUUUCAUCAAUUGUUAUUAACAUCUCAAGGAUUCACCAUCCUAACAUUGCUGAACUUGUUGGUUACUCCUCAGAACAAGGUCACAACAUGUUAGUUUAUGAGUACUUUAGGAAUGGCUCACUUCAUGAGUUUCUGCACAUGUCCGAUGACUUCAGCAAGCCCUUAACUUGGAACACCAGAAUCAGAAUUGCUUUAGGCACUGCCCGAGCUGUUGAAUACCUUCAUGAAGUUUGUUCCCCAUCUCUACUUCACAAGAAUAUCAAGUCAUCAAAUAUUUUGCUUGAUGCUGAACUCAAUCCCCGUUUGUCUGACUAUGGAUUGGCAAACUUCCAUCAUCGUACAAGCCAGAAUUUGGGGGCCGGAUAUAAUGCACCUGAGUGCAUCAACCCUACAGCUUAUACCAUGAAGAGUGACGUCUAUAGUUUCGGAGUGGUUAUGCUGGAGCUUCUAUCUGGUCGAAUGCCUUACGACAGUAAAAAGCCGAAAUCCGAACAAUGCCUAGUGAGAUGGGCGACUCCACAACUGCACGACAUUGAUGCACUGGCAAAUAUGGUUGACCCUGCCUUGCGUGGACUCUAUCCUCCGAAAUCACUUUCUCGAUUUGCAGAUAUCAUUGCUCUCUGUGUGCAAGUGGAGCCUGAAUUUCGGCCACCAAUGUCGGAGGUGGUGGAAGCAUUGGUACGUUUAGUUCAACGCUCGACUAUAAACAUGAAAGAGGAUCUGUCAUCUUCUCGGAGAACCGAGGAUUCUGACUAUUGAUAUAUUAAUUUUUUUUUCUUUUUGUAUAUCGGUUCAUCCAAAACCUUAAUAUUGCGAGGGAUGUUUUCCUUCUAAUUUUCACUUGUUUUGCCAAUGUACAUGCAAUAUUUUCAUUAUCAGUUUAUCAUUUUUAAGUUU